AUUUUAUGCACGCCCACGCUGUGAGUACACUAUAUGGCUCAUACUUAACUGCUAGUCAUCUACAAUCUGCAUAGACACUUUGACCAUUUGAAUAAAGAAGCGAUCUGAAAUAUGAAGAAAUCUAUAGCACAUAUAUGCCUCGAGAUGUACCUCGGCCUGGUAUCCUUUGCCGGCGUGCAAGGAAUGUCGCCCAACAUUAUAAUUGUACAACCAGACGACCUGCCCUUUUUCGAUGCCUGGACACCACCUCCCAAUAAUCCAGUAGACGAUGCCACGAACUCAUUCCCGAAUGGGUAUGCAUUAAAAAAUAUAGAGAGACUCCGCAAGCAAGGACUCGAGAUGAAGCAGGCGUACACGGUGUCCCCGGCUUGUGGCACAUCAAGAUUCUCUACUAUAACAGGCAGAUACCCUAGCCGGUCGGGAUAUAGUCGUGAUAUAAACACAGGCCUAGAUAUAUCCAAAGUUACGAUUCCGACUACUAAACUGGAGGAUGUAGUUGGGCACUCAGACUGCACAAAGGACAAUAUGGCUGUGGAAUUCCGCUCCAAUGGCUAUCGCACUGGCGUAGUAGGUAAAUGGCAUUUGUCGAACAUUAGAAACGAGGCCUACUCGUAUCCGAAGUUCCAAACGCUCGUGAGAGAGUGUGGGUUUGAUUUCGCAGAUGCACUCUACAUGGAGAAUCUAGGCUCAUACUCCGACGGCUCCUUCUCACAUAAUAUGGAGUGGGUUACAUACAAGGGUAUCGAGUUCAUCGAAGAGUCUAUUGCAGAAGAAAAGCCGUUCUUCCUGUAUUUCAAUCCAACGGUACCUCAUUCCAGCGGCAACGUGAAAGAAGCACUUUUAGACUUCAAGUGCACGGAUACUGCAAAUGGUCAGCUCGAUACUGAGCCCGACAUCGUUGGCAUGACAACGGCUUAUGGCAGUUGUGAGGCGUAUAGACGGACUAUAUUCGACCGUGCGGGAGAACUGGAAUCAAAUGCCGAAUUAGGUGCCAUAUGGGUGGACGACGGUAUUGGAGCACUAAUUAGGACACUAGAAGAUUAUGAUGAGCUGAAUAAUACGAUAUUCGUGUUCCAAAUGGAUCACGGCAUAGAGACAAAGAUGGCGCUGUUUGAAAACGGAAACCGCAUCGCACAGUUUGUCCAUUAUCCAGAUGCGUUUGGAACCGAGGGAAAAACAUUUGAAGGGUUAGUGCAAACAAUCGACCUGGCCCCAACACUUCUGGACUACGCUGGAAUUGCUGCUGAGUACGAGACCGACGGUGAAUCGUGGAUAGACGCAGUGUUAGAUGAAACUGCAGAGUCCACAUGGAGAGACGAGAGAUGCCUUCUAUUCGAAUUUCAGUACGAUCGUAGUGUGCGAUGUGGUUGCGAGAAAUUGACAACCAUGGAUGGGGCGGGCAGUACCACACGAAGAACGGGCAAUCGCUUGGGGUAUCCAGUUGCUGACGAUACUUACUAUAACCUAUGCGAUAGUGUUACAGGAGCCAACCCAGAGGGCACUGAUUUAUCGACGAGCGAACCAGAACAGGUAGCCAGGCUAGCAGACGUCUUGGACUGUUUCUUGAAGAAAACAUCUCCCAGCUCAGAAGCGGACUAUAGCACUGCUUGUACUUUGUAAAAUAGAUUUGCAAUAAAUAGUAAUAUUAUGGUAGUAUAACAUUAUGUACAAUAUGUGCAGUUCACCUUUAGACACCACCACCAGAAGGAAGAGACAUAGCCUUCUUGUAUAAAUAUCAAUAAUUUAGAAGGCUAUCUAUAUGGAAGAGAACAUGGAACAAUACAAUAAACC